AUGGGAACUGCCGGUCCAAUCGCCUUAGCUAAAGAUAUGCUCCUCGUGGACGAUAGUCCAUUUUUUGUGCUCAAUAGUGAUAUCAUGUGUGAUUUCCCGUUCAAGGCAAUCAUGGCAUUUCAUAAAAAUCAUGGGAAGUCAGGAACUAUUUUGGUGACACAAGUUGAAGAACCUUCAAAAUAUGGUGUUGUUGUUUACGAUCAAACAACUGGACGUGUGGAUCGUUUUGUUGAAAAACCAAUUGAAUUUGUUGGUAAUAAGAUAAAUGCCGGUAUAUACUUACUUAAUCCUAGUGUUAUUGAUAGGAUCCCUUUACGUCCAACUUCCAUUGAGAAAGAGAUAUUCCCAGAAAUGGCGAACGAGAAACAACUCUAUUGCAUGACAUUAUCAGGGUUCUGGAUGGAUGUUGGACAACCUCAUGAUUUUCUCAAAGGUACAAAUUUGUAUCUAAAUUACUUAAAACAAUCAGAUCAUUCGAAGGAACUAGCAACUGGAUCUAAUAUUCAUGGGAAUGUUUUAAUACAUCCAACUGCUUCAGUUUCACCUACUUGUGUUCUUGGACCGAGUGUUGUUAUUGGACCAGAGUGUAUAGUUGAAGAUGGAGUAAGAAUUCGUAAUUCAACCUUGCUUCAAGGAAGUAUUAUUCGUUCGCAUUCUUGGCUAGAAACUUGUAUUAUUGGUUGGCGGUGUACUGUUGGGCAGUGGGUGAGAAUGGAAAAUGUCACCGUCUUAGGUGAAGAUGUCAUUGUAUCUGAUGAAUUAUUUGUAAAUGGUGCACGUGUACUACCACACAAAAGCAUUGCCCAAUCAGUUGUUGAACCACAAAUUAUUAUGUAA